GUGGCCGUGGAGGAGGGUUGCCGUCCUGGCUGCAGUAAUGCCUGGCAGAGCAGGAGUAUUUGUGGAAGCAUGUGGCUGCAUGUCCUGACCCAGAACACAGCCAACUUUCUCCCCUUUGGUUAAUCUCUUGGUGUUGGCUGUGCACUGGCAUCUAAACUGAAGAAAACAGCUGGACCUCGCUGAGCUCAGCUGGUGACAGAUGGUGACACAGACUCCUUCUAAUCUGUCUAAGUUGGCACAGAGCCUCUGUUGAUUCUGCGUAUACCUGACGUGCUCUGACGCUGAAGGACUAUGAGCCUCCAUACCCUCUGGAAGGACUACAAGGUUGUGAUUGUUAUGGUACCUCUGGUCGGGCUCAUACACCUGGGGUGGCACCGAAUCAGAAGCAGCCCCAUUUUCCAGGUCCCCAGCAGAGACGGAAGUCCUGAGCCAGACAGCCUGGCACUCGCAGGUCUACAGAAGAGCCCAGCCUCAGGGAAAUAG